UCAUAUUCGCGUUAGAUUCACAGAUCACGUUCCAUAUUGUCAUCCCUAUUUGUAUUUCUAGAAUUAGGGCUUUACGCUUUGACUGCUUCAACCUCUUCUUCGUCUUCAUGUACUUCAACCUUGGCCAUUGUUGAAGAACGCCAAUUUCUCACUCUCUGCUCCAAUAUUGUCCCCAAGCCAAGCCGCCACAUGCCCUUUAUUCAAACCACCGUGAUCCAACAAGCUUCACCACAUGGACUCCCCUUGCUCACCACCCCCACCCCGUUCUGUCGUAGCCUACUUGGACUGAUUCAACCCAAGGGUUGUUCCCUUUAUACAUAUUUUGGCGAGGAAAACUGAACCAUUCUAGCUCCCAUGGCUACCGAUGCAGUUCUUCAAGACCAAAGGAAACGCACUUUGGAGGCAUUGGAGCGGAGGUUUGCUGUUGAGCACCUUCUUCAACAAAAGAAGAGCAAAAAGAAUGUAAAUGAAGGAGAUAAAAAAGAACCGAAUUGGACAAAUUCUUUCAUUGCUUCUUCGGUAGAUAAAAUUGAUGCAACGGUCACUCCCUCAUUGGAUGCUUCAUCCAAGAAAGGGAGUUUUUCUUUCUCAGUUCAGUCUGCUUCAAAAGAUGGAAGAUGGAUGUUUUGCACAGAUCCUGAAGAGAAUGCCCCAGCAUAUUCACAGCUCUCUCAACCUGUACAUGAGAAUCUGCUGGGAACCAGUAGCAAGCUUUCUUCUAAAAAAGGACAAAUGGCUGAUAAGAUUUUACAUGAGCUUCUUCAGAAUGGUGAUGCGGCUCUGAAGUACAUACAGGGGUCCAGAAGCAUAAAAAUGGACAAUUGGAUCCUUCUUGAUAAUUUUGUACAAGGGCGUGGUGUAUCUACCGGUUCUAGGAUUAGGGCUUUGCGGACCCAUUCAAAACGUUCUAAAAAACACAUGUCCACGAAAGAACUUAAAAAAUGUGGAUCCUUUGAUUUGCCCCAAGAACUUCAUAAGUUUGAUGUUUUUAGGCCAAUGCAUGAAAUGUGGAAAGGCUACAUGAUGCAACUGCUCAAAACCUGUGGGAGAAAUCAGUUGGCUCAAUUUAUUCUCGAUGCAGAUUUACAUGGUGCUAUAAUUCUAGUUGCUGAUUGUAAGGUAACUUCUUUCAAAGGAGUGUGCGGUAUCAUGAUUCGUGAAACUGCAGAAACAUUUGGGAUAAUCACACAAGAUGAUGUUUUCCGAGUUGUGCCCAAAAAGAAUGCAGUCUUUAUUUUCCAAGUUGAUUGCUGGAAAGUUACAUUGCUUGGGGACAAACUCACUUCGAGGAAUUUGGGCUUAUGAUCCGAUAUUGUUUAUUGCAUCCAAGGUUCAACUUUGAUGGAGUUGCAGGAAAGCACAGAAACUUGAUGAUCUCAUUUAGAGAUUCAGUCAUGAUCAAGAUCUAUAAAAAAAUUAGUGUCUUUGGGUGAAAGAAUUAGAGAUUCAGUCAUGAUGUGGCAAAUUUUGGUUACCAGGCUGCUGAGGGAGUUUGGCAAGGACUCUUUACCCAGAGAACUAUGACCGGAAGGACAACCCUUCUCCAAGUUGAUUGCACAACCAUUUGGUUUUAGGCAUCAAAAACUAAAUAGGCAUAGCAAAUUUGUUAACAAUAUAGGUUUUUUUUUUUUUUUUAAGUACUAAUCCUAAUUAUCUAAUAAAAUAGCAACUUUCUUUCGUCUUACACUAUAUACUCUGGUUUUGUAAAAUGCUGCUUUUACCUUCAUUGAAGGCUAUCGUGAUGGACGUCCCUUGAGUCAUGGGAUCAUAUAAAGAUUUUUCUAUUCAUGGUUGUUCAAGAU